CCGGCAGCUUCUCCAUCCUCGUGUGCGUGUACCGCUGUGUGUUGUGGAUCGGUGUCUAAAGAGAUGGAUAGGAAGGUGUCUGAGUCGACGGCGGACAGCGAGACCAGCAGUCAGAGACCACGCGUAGAGACCAACAAAUGGUGAGAGGGAUGGAGAUGUGGCGCGAGACAGGCAGGCAGGGAGCUACCCAACUCUCUCUUGCUGCAGGUGUUCCACUGAUGAGCUUUGGACGCCUGAGGUCGAGCUCAACAGAGCAACCACCAAAGGCUCAUUCAGGUAGGUGAGGUGAGGUGCACACACAUCCACACAUCAACAUGACCCUAUCUGUCUGGUGCUCACUGUUCUUGUCUGUUGCAGGAAACCCAAACCCAAGUUGAAAAUCUGUGUGGCAGGUGGGGAACGGUGGACAGACAGAGAGAGGGAGAGAGAUGCAUCCCUGCAUCGACUGGUGGAUGGACGGUCUCCUUGUGUGUGUGUGUGUGUGUGUGUGUGUGUAGGUGGUGGGAAUGGCGGACACGUCAUGGCGGGUCUGUUCGCCAGCAAGGGCCAUGACGUGAGCCUCCUCGUGUCGGCACCACAUCAUGUUGACAAGGUGCGAAGACACACACACACACACACACACACACAGAGGGAGAGAGAGGGCACAGCUGCGAGCACACUGCGAUACCCGUCUGUGUGUGUCCCUCUAUAGUGGCUGAGUGGGAUAGAGGCCGGUGGCUUGACGGUGCAUUACGUCGAGGGCGACCGCAAAGUCAAAGGCACACCGAUAACCGCCACACACAACCCUGCUGACGUACGCCAGAAGGACAGACAGACAGCUGUACGUGAUCUGCAUAGCCACUCCUAUGUGUGUGUGUGUGUUUAGGUGGUGCCCUACGUCGAUUUGAUUAUCAUCGUGAUCCCCGCCAAGUACCACCAACCCAUGAUCGAAGCCAUGGCACCACACUUCAGGUACAUCACGCGCACCAAACACACACACACACUCACACACACACACACAUCCCUGUGUGUCUGUCAGGCCUGGUCAGUGGGUGUGUGCGGUCGAGGGCGCCUGGUGGGGCAUCCCGCCGUCGGUCUUCGGACCCAACACGCAGCAACUCGUGUUCGCCGAGAUCCAGUGUUUGCCUUGGGCGUGCAGGGCCACCGAGUAGGCUAAGCUGCCAAUGCAAUGCAUACCAAACACCAAUAGACCGACGUCCAUGCCAUGCCAUGCCGUAUCGCAUUGUGUGUGUGCGCGUGUGUGUAGGUACGGUCGUUAUGUGGAGGUGUUUGAGGAGAAGGAUUUGGUGGAGAUCGCCGUGUCGCCGUCGAAAGACGGCAGGGAGGUCGCCCGCAUACUUCAGCAACUCAUGGACAUUCCCUUCAAAGCACACGGUGGGCACAUGGGCAGACAGACAGACAGACAGACAGGGAGGGAGGGAGGGAGGGAGGGCCGGUGGGAGGGCUGACUGACAUACACGUUUAUUGUGUCACGUAUUGUGUGCCUCUUGCUGGCUGGGUGGCUGGCUGGCUGCAGGAUCGUUGCUGGCAAUGGCGUUGAGCGCUCCGUGCAAUUGGGUGCAUCCCGCCGUCAUGUACGGACACUUCGGUAAGGAGGAACGAACAGACACACUCACACACAUAGCUGACCCGCCCCUUUAUUCAUGCGUCACACACGUGUGUGUGUGUGUGUGUGUGUUGUGCAGCCGAGUGGGACGGGAAGCCGUUUCCGCGUUCCAAGGUGCCGCUGUUCUACCAUGACAUCACCCAAGACACCGCUGACAUGCUGGAGCGGCUCGACGAUGAGUACCGACAGCUGAAAACACAGCUCGAACAGGUAGGUGCCUACAGAAUGACACAUGAGGGAAGGCCGCCUGCAUUCCUUCACACACGUACUACAAAUGAGAUGCUCUCUCUGUGUUGUGUGUGACGUGCCGUGACGUGCAGCGUUGCCCGUUGUUGGAUUUGUCAGCCAUCAAGCCGACGAAGGAGCUGCUGAUGGAGUACUACCACGGCAAGAUCACCGACGAGAGCACCACCCUGUCGUGCUUCGCCUCCAACCCCGGUACGGUACACACCUUCAAUGAGUGCAUCAAGGAAUCGAGCAUGGAUUGAGAUGGAGCGACGAUUUAUCUGUCUGUCUGUGUGGUUGCGGUGCCCAUCCAUUAGGUUACGACACGUUGUCGUCUCCUGUGGUUGAUGUGGGCGAGGGAAUGGUCGUGCCCAACUUCGACUACAGGUCAGUCACCCACCCGACAGAGACACACACACAUGGCUGGCUGUGUACAGGUAUCUGAAUAGCGACAUUCCCUUCGGGCUGGUGGUCACCCGUGGCGUCGCACAACUCGCCGGCGUGUCCAUGCCGACGGUGGACUUCCUCAUCCGAUGGAGCCAGGAGAAGCUCGGCAAGGAAUGGCUGCUCGGCGACAAAGUAAGUCACCAUACACACACACGCAGAGGCAGUGAGACAUCUUUGCCUUUCUGUGUCUCAAUACAGCUGUGCGGUCGCGACAUGGGGAAGACCCGCGCGCCCCAGGUUUUUGACUGCCACACACUCGACGAGUUCGUCAAAAUAUGUCUCCCAGAACUCACCAUACGGACCAGGUACACCACACUCACACACUGCACACCCUGGAUUGCAUGAUCACGCACGCCAUAUUCUCUCUGUCCUCAAUUGCUGUAGGCGUGACAAGGAGGCCCAGAAAGAGGAGGGCGGCGUCACCCAGGAAGAGCCCCCGGCCGUGUGUGCCGUCUGACACACUCUCACUCUCACUCACCCACCCACACAGAACAGAACAACAUACACUCAUUCAUUCCCACACGCUUUUUCGUUUUGUGGCUUUUGUACGUUUUGUGUCUGCAUUGUGCUGUGCUGCAUGUGCUGUUCAUGUGGGCGGCUGAGAGCGCGUGACAGAGGGGAAGCGGAAAGAGAGAGAGAGCACACACAUGCACAGCACACGAUGGGCUGGCUGAUGGACAGUAGGUCCGGCAGGGGUGAUUUUUCGGCCGAAUGCACAUGACAUGCAGAGGCCAUUCAUUGAUGUGAUGGCUGCGUGCACGGAGUUUUUUCGGUCAUACUCAAGGACACCAAUAGCUUAUAGCUUGUCUUGUAGGAGCGGCCGAUGACGAAUGGAUGGACCAUCAUGGGUGUCUAUUUUUCUCCAGACAUCAUCACAUUACGUGGUCUGAUGGCUGGAUGUUUCUGUUGACGCGUCUGUGGUCGUGCUUUGCUGUUUUGUCUUGUGUUGUGUUGUGUUCUGUUGUGUUCUGUCGUGUUGUGUUGCGUCUUGUGGCGUGUUCUGCUGAUGUUCGUUUGUCCCCGCC